AUGUAUUUACCAUCAUCUCCAGUUCGUGGUGAGGGAAGCCCUAUUGGGGCGAAAAGAGCCGCAAAUGUUGCUACUCCUUCAGCCGGUGCUAAGGAGUACCCAACUCCCAACCCUUCUUCGUCUCUUGGUUACGAGGAGGAAUCUGAAAGAGCACGUAAGGUAGCCUUUGAUUUGUCCCCCCAACAGAUCAAGAUUAUUUCGCCACUUUCCCGUGUUCGCAGACUCAAGGUACCUCUUUCAGGUCGCACUAUCAGCAUUGGCCGGUCGUCCAGGUCUAAUCAGUGUGCUUUGAACCCCCACAACAAACUUGUUUCGCGUGUUCAUUGCUCCCUGCAAUUCAUUCCAGACACGCAUUCUGUGAAAUUACAGUGCAUGGGCUGGAAUGGAGUCAAUGUGACUGUUCCUGCACGCGUGGACGUCGUGAAGGAAGACGACGAGUUUGUGGCCAAGAGCACUACCGAGCAACCAAAAAGCACGAAAGUUUUAUCUCAAGAGUCUUCCAUGACCAACUUGUACGUGUUGAAGGACGAAACCAUCGUGCUACCAGUGCUUCCUGGCUUGAUUUUAGACAUUCGUGGCGAACUUAUCUUGGUCGAGACCGAAGACGAGUUGACAGAGGACGAGAAGGAAGAAGAAACAGAGCAGGUGGAGCAAACACCAGAGCAGUAUGAAUCCGAAGAAGAUAAAGAAAACAUUGCUCCGUUGCCUGUGACAAGUUCGCCUUCGUUCACCCCUGAACAGUCACCCGACCCUGUUUCCGUCAUAAAAGCACGCGCAAGAACCAAGAACCAAAACUCUCCAAGAAAAAAGAAAACCACAGAACACCAGAUCUCGCAACAGGAGGCAGCCACGUUACUGGAGCCGCUCAAGGGCGACUUGGAACAGCUGUCCAACAUCCUCAUUAAUCAUCUUGCCUACUCCAGACUGCUGCAAACCCCGUUGCACUCGAUUCUGGAACUCAAGGCAGUGCAAGACCUCGGCCUAUCCAAGGACCAGCUGCGUGGCUUACUCAUCUAUUACGUGGACUGCAUAGGGGUUAUUUACAGAGUUGGUAAAGACGCGGCAGGAAAGCCUUUGGACGAAGAGUACUACUACGAUCCAGAAAAGGAUCACGACAAGUCACGUGUGCAGCUUGUGGAGGAACUAAAAGGUUCAGCGUCCCAUCUACGGAGCUGUCGUAAAACUCACAAGCAGUACUUUUGGAAAAAACCAGCGAAAAGAUAG